GGAGGAGGCACGCACCGGUCGGUCUCGGUCGCUGCUGCCGUCGCGUGCUUUGGCUGGAGUACGUACAUACUCGCUGCGGCCGGUGACGCGCAUCGCAUCGCGUCUUCUGCUCGAGUGCUCUUGCUGCUGCGUGCUGCGCGCGGUGGUGAAGUGACCCAAGUGGUGUGAGAAUGGGGCGCGCGCCGUGCUGCGACAAGGCGAGCGUGAAGCGGGGGCCGUGGUCGCCCGAGGAGGACGAGCAGCUGCGGAGCUACGUCCACAGCCACGGCAUCGGCGGCAACUGGAUCGCGCUGCCGCAGAAAGCAGGGCUCAACCGCUGCGGCAAGAGCUGCCGCCUCCGGUGGCUGAAUUACCUGAGGCCGGACAUCAAGCACGGAGGCUACACCGAGCAGGAGGACCACAUCAUCUGCUCGCUCUACAGCUCGAUUGGAAGCAGGUGGUCCAUCAUCGCGUCGAAGCUCCCCGGCCGGACCGACAACGACGUCAAGAACUACUGGAACACCAAGCUCAAGAAGAAAGCCAUGGGGGCCGUGCAGCCGCCGCGCGGCGCCGGUGCCGGAGCCAGAGCCUUCUCAGCCGCGCCUGCCACGCCGCCCGACACGGUACAGAGCCAAUGCACGUCGUCCGCGCAGGCGCCGGCACUCUCGCCGGCCUCCUCGUCCGUCACCAGCUCAAGCGGCGACGCCUGCUUCGCCACCACCAUGUACCCGCAACCGACGACGUCGCCACAGCAGUACAUCCGCUUCGACGCACCAGCGGCGGCGUCACAGACCGAGCUCCCGCCCGUGCCACCCACAGCCACCGUCACACCGGACGGCUGCAACUGGGCGUCGACUGAAGCUGGCGCCGUGUCUCUCGACGACGUGUUCCUCGGCGAGCUCACGGCCGGCGAGCAGCUGUUCCCCUACGCCGACCUGUUCAGCAGCUUCACCGGCCUCCCGGAAAGCAAGGCCAACUUGGAGCUCUCGGCGUGCUACUUCCCAAACAUGGCGGAGAUGUGGGCGGCCUCCGACCACGCCCACGCCAAGCCGCAGGGCCUCUGCAACACCCUGACAUAGGAGGACACCCUAAACCUCCAUUGAAUUCUUACACCAUAGCUGCAAACGCAAUGGCGAUCGAUCGAUGCGUCGUCACUUGAUAGUAGCAUAAUUCUUGCUCUGUUUUUUUUCCCUUCUCUUGGUUUAUCAUCAUCUUCGAGUGGCUCCAUCUCUAGCAGCUGGCGGUUUUCUUGUGUAUGAGUGAUCGAUUACAUGUAAAUUAAUUAAACCAUAGAUGCAUCUGUUCUGAUCCAAAUUCUCCCAGCUAUUACGCUUGUCAGU